GGAUCAAGUUAGAUCGAGUGAGCGCGCAGAGAAAGAAGGAAGGGUGGGACACACACUCUGUAGUCCUCGCGCUAGCGUCAGUUAUUCGGCUUGCCGCUUGCUUGGCGGGUGUAGUGCGCUUGUAUAUUCUUCAACGAUUGCUACGGCAGGCCGUUGACACGCGAAUAUUUUUUAACGUAUCAAAUACAUAAAUAUUCCAUAACGCAUUGUCGUUCUGUUACGCGACAACAGAAUAAAACUUUGGACAACACCUAGUGCCAUACCGCGUAAUCCCCGUCCCCUUGAUGCCAUUUGGACUCGCUCGCAUUAUUUGGAUUAAGAUAAUGCAAUAAUGUCUUGGCAAAAGGUUUACCUCGCUGUUGGACUGUUCGGUGUUCUGUUGUUGCUGACGAAUGCAGACAACAGCGUGCACAUUCUGUCAAAGUAUCAGCAAUUAGUCACCUCGACCGCUCUGAACUGGCUUCCCCGUGCUUACUACGAUUCAUCCAAGGAAAUAGUCAUCGGCGGUUUUGCGAUCGAAGAAUCGGAAGACAACUCGUUCAACAAUCAAGCGGAGAAAUCGGAGAGAAGAAGGCCCCUGUACGUAUGCAGAGUACUGCACACGGCCGUCUGGGUGGCUGGCAGUCAGAAGGGUGACGAGCAACGAUGCACAGUGACGAUUCACGGUAACGUGCAGUCGUACGACAAAUACGACCUGUUAGAAAAUGUGGACAGUGCUGCCCGCGUCAACUGGGAGCACUGGGACAAAUACAAGAACACACCGGUUGGUGCCGUGGCCAUGGAGAAGAUGUUCAUUGCGCGUCAUCCCGCGAAAACUGACAAAAAUGCCUCAUCGCCGAGAUACACCCAUUAUAUCGGCACCUUGAAUAAACGUAUUCUUGGGAGUAUCAGCUACGUGAAAGACGAUGGUACCGAAGAAACCGCGAAGGAUGGCGAUGUGCUAGUCGAGACGGAACCGACCUCCUACGAUUUGGAAAACGUUAAAUUGAAUUGGCCUAAAAUGCGAGUGGUUAAUCGUACAUCCCUUGAACUUGACAACGCGACUAUCGUUAAUGAUGGAACGGAAAAUGCGACAAUAGCGAAAGCUUUUGGUUACAAGUACAAAUAUUCCAUUUACUGGGGUCAAGGCCAUGCCAUACUAAAAGGCUUAAACACAUCAAUUAAAUUGACGAACGGUACGGCUUUGUCGAAUAUAAUGUGGGGCACAAAGGAAACUAGCAAUAAUACCGACAUAUACACGGUAAAAAUUAAUCUCCUGCCCGGUACAGGAAUAAAUGUGAGUCUGGUAGCGAACUACACCUCCAUGGAGGUACCCUAUUCCGGAAAAUUAAUUUCCCAUUACGAGGAUGGAGAGACGAGGUCUCGCCAGAUAAGCGGCAUUCGCGCCGAAGAGAGCAUGUUCGAUGUAAAACCCAUAUUCGGACCCAUUUACUUCCUUGCCAAUUAUAGUCUAGUUCCUACCACCACCAUACCACCUACCACGGAACCGAGCACCACCGCAACCCCGCAGAACGUAAGCAACGACGUUCGACAGGACUACGGUACGGAAGAGAGCGAGCAUCAUGACGAGAACAUGAUCAUACCACGGAAGAAAUCGGAUCUGUCUAACAUGCAGAGCGAUGACGGUGGACCGUUGUCGCUGAAGAACAAGGUAGAGGUGACGUACUCCGGAGCGUCGUCUCUUCUUAGAUUAAACGUAGGAUUGCCUUUAUUAAUUUCGUUACUGACGGUGGUCAAUAAAAUUACGUGAAAAGAUCGAUGAUUCCGAGAGUAUCCUAAGCCCUAAGUUGCAAUAGUAAUAUAUUCGUAGAGGAAAAAAAAAUAAUGUCCAGAGAUUAUCACAAAACGCAGACUAAAAAAAAAAUCGUAAAAAAAAGACAAAAAUGGAAAUAGCGAAAAAAAGGUAAAAAAAAAAUAGAUGAAUUGAAUACAAAUACACACAAGAUGUUGCUGUAAUUUCGUACAUAUAGCAGAGUAUGUAACGAAAUAAAAAAAGCUACCUUGAUUAUAAAUCGCUGAUCAAGUCAGACCGCGAUGUCAACGCUGACAUAAUGCUUGCCUUUCGAAGAUGAAUAAAAAAAAUACUUCAUAUUUAAUAUAUAUAUAUAUAUAUAUACAUAAAAAAUAUAUAUAUAUACACGUUUAGGAUAGCAAAUGAAAGGGAUACCUUAAGCGAUGAGCUAGUCUCACGACGAAUGUUAAGUAAGUACAAGCGAUCGCCAGCCAACAUAUGGACAUGUUAACAACAGCCUGUGGAUCGUUAACAUUUACCUCUAUAUUGUUGAAUUAAUUGAUGAAUGUGUAAACUAACGACAUUCCGUCUUUAAACUAAUCUUCGCUGUGAAUCGAUUUUCCAGCUAAACUAUUUUAUGCCUUCGCAAAAGUGCACGUUCUAGGAUCUUCUUCUAGAAAAGUCUUUGAAAACAAGCUUUGAAUGGGAAAAUAGAGAGUAAACACAUGAGAUACAGAAAGGAUGAUACCCUUUUCUUUGAGAAUCGUGUUCAAAGAGAGUUUAGAAUUACUGCAGGUAUUAUUCUCGGGCAACUAUAUAUACAUAUAUAUAUAAAUAUAUGUAUAGUUUCUGAAAAAUUGGGAGAAAUAACGACGAGUAAACGAGUGGGAAAUUGAAGGUAAAAAUGAUGAAGAAAAAAAUGAUUACGGAGGGACAAAGAUUCGCGAGUUAACGCAAUUACAAUAUAUAUUUUUGAGAUUGCAGUAUAAUUUUAGACAAUUGUAAGAUUUAUAAAGGUGUAGCGAGUAAGAAUAUGUAGAGUACAGGUGGAUGGGUACCUGUAUUUUUUCAACGAUGUUUCAAUAUCAUUUGUCUGACUGAUGUAAAGCUUCGAGGAGCCCUUAGAUAAAAUGAAAUAGUAGGAGGAUUGCUACAUAAUAAAAAUAUUGAAAGAAGUGCACGUUAUUUGAGAAUGGGUAUAGUAGGUUAGUAGGUUUCAAUUAUUAUAUUAUUGAAGGUAAUUUGUUUCCAAUUCUGUAAAAAUAAUACAAUAUUUUGUGUACCCAUCUGUCUCAUGUAAAGUGAUAGGGCUUGCAGAUUCCUAGAAAAUAAUUAUUAAUGGAAAUUGUAAUAACAAAGGAAUGCAGUAUUUUAAUUUGUAUAGAUACGUUAAUAAUUUGUAAGGUACAUUUGUUUAAUAAGCGAGACGAGAAAUAUGGACUUAUAACGUAAUAACUACGUUUAAUUUUAAACGUCUUUAUGUUGAAAAUUCAGGAAAAAUAAUUAUAUAUGCCGUUCGUUCUCUUUUUUUCUUUCGACGAUAUUUUCUUGAUACAUUUGUAUAUGUAUAUAACGUAAUUUCUAUACUCUCAUUAGGUAUAAUUGUUACGAACUUAUUUAAUCAUUUAUAAUUUUUUCUAACAGUGGUAAAUAACAUCGUACGAAUUAUCCAUAUUUUAUUACAUUAUAGCACUAACGGAAAAAAUGUAAGAAGGAAACAUUCAUUUCGAACACGAACACAUUGUCCAUGAGUUUAUAAUAACAUUAACCGAAGUAAGCCUAAUCACAAUAUUGUGAUAUUCAGUAAAAAUUUUAUGUAGAUGUAAAGGAAUGUGACAUAUUCUGUUAAAUAAUUUGUUAAUUAUUAUAGAAAGCAAUAAUUUGUUGCGAGAUUGGGACAUGUGAAUUUUAGAAUGUUGCGUGUUUAAAUGAAGCAGAAGAAAAAAAAA